AUGUCGAGGGAACCUUACGGCCAGAACUUAGGUGGGAGCGGGAGUCGAUCACCGAGGAGCGCCCGGCGUUUAGGAGAGUUACCAACCGUCGACAGGUCUCCUUCGAGGAAUUAUCCUGCCGGAGGAAGCAGGGGAAGUCCGGUCGGUAGAAAAGGUAGGCCGCGUUCAGGAAAUACAUCGCCGGAACAUCAUGGUUAUCAACCUAUGAGUGGGCAAUAUUAUAGAGGUGAUGAGGAUUUAGGCAGUCCUAUGAUGGAGGACAGGGGGAGGAGUAUGGCUUCUAGCGGCUCACAUCACAGGUCUAGGAGUGCCAGUAGGCCGAUGGGAGGUAAUCCCAUGUCAGUCCGUUACCAAUCAUUAGAUCGUGCGGGAGGGACGGGUCCGGAAGGCCAGGAUAGGGAAUUCAUGCCAAUCAGGGACCGGUCUUUGGACAGGGUAGGCCCUCGGGAACGGAGCAUGGAACGCGGAGGUUAUCUUGAGGAAGACCUCUACGGCCCGCGGUCGGCUAGGCAAUCUCCCAACACCCACAUGAUGUCCGCUAGGGACGGUGGCAGCUACCUCGGGGAGCUACAGAGCCAAAACACCGACCUACAAAGAGAAUUGGCCAAUUUGAAGAAAGAGUUAGAAUUGACUAAUCAAAAAUUGGGCUCAAGUAUGCACAGUAUCAAGACGUUUUGGAGUCCGGAAUUGAAAAAAGAAAGAGCUUUACGCAAAGAGGAAUCGGCCAAAUACAGCCUCAUCAAUGAUCAACUCAAGUUACUCAACUCAGAAAAUCAGGUAAUGUUCCAAAAAUAA